GAGUAAAAAUCACGGCUAAAGAUACUCAUAUCUAUAGCCGCGGUAUAAACAUAGAAUAAUAAUUGUUUCACGGUAUAAGGUCUAGACCACAGAAUAACCCUUUUUAUAUUAUAGCCAGUCCGUGGACAAAACCCAAGUGGAUUCACCUUGGACCAAACAUAAGAUUAUCAUUUAUCAUUGUUUUUGUUAUCUGUAACAAAUUUACAUUUACUAGAUUACGACUUACAGAACAAAUCAACAUGAACAAUUGAACAAGUAACGCUUUCAACUGACGACUAAUGGCUGUAAAAGUAUAAAAUAAUAAAAAUACAUUUAAUUCACAUUUUGCAUAUUAUUUUCUCAUAAUCGGAUAUUUAUUUAUAGCCUUUAGAAACAUAUUAAUGUCACGUACUCAUAUCUAAUUUAAUUAUUUUAACCUACUUGUAAAGCGUCAUUAUUCAACAAUCACAAUUUAUGAUACGUUAUUCCUCUCAACUUUAACAUAGUACAAAAUACAAAUCAACUUAUUUUUACUUAUUACGAACUAUAUAGAUUAUAUUCCAAAAUUAAUUAUUGAUAUAAAUAACAGUUGAGUGAUAAUUGGUAUUGCAUAAUAUUUGUUCAUAGAGUUCUGUUGUGUAAAUUUUAACACUAAUUCAUACUUUUUGUAAUAGACAAAUGUGUCGAAUAAUUUGUAAAUGCAUAGAUAACAAAUUUAAAAUAUUUCUUUCAUGACUGAAGUAAAUGACUCUGAGGCUUCUUCAAUAUACAGAGGGUGUUCUUUUUGGAGCUGGUUUCCUUGGAGCUCAAUGUCGUGGAAAUGCUUACAAGAAGCCGAGCGGAAAUUAUUUGCAUAUGUUCAAUCUCCAUAUCGUACAAGAUAUGUCAACCUAGGCCCAGUUGUUGAACAAGAAGAUAAAAUAUGGACAUUAGAAGUUAACACUGAAAAACGUGAAACCCCUGUAGUUUUAUUGCAUGGUUUUGGAGCUGGUAUUGGGCUUUGGUGUAUGAAUGUUGACAAAAUAUCAAAUAAUUGUAGACCUGUAUAUGCCAUGGAUCUAUUGGGCUUUGGUCGUAGUUCUAGGCCAAAAUUUAGUACAGAUCCUGAACAAGUGGAGCAUCAAUUUGUAAAUGCCAUUGAAAAAUGGAGAACAGAAAUUAAACUUGAAAAAUUUAUUCUUCUUGGCCAUAGUUUUGGAGGAUAUUUAGCUACUGCUUAUUCUAUACAACACCCCGAAAGAGUUCACCAUUUAAUACUUGCUGAUCCUUGGGGAUUUCCCGAAGAAGACAAAAAUAUUAAGAACAAAAUUCCUUGGUGGGCUAAAGGACUAUUUUAUGCUCUUAAAUCAUUAAAUCCACUGUGGCCUGUGAGAUUUGCUGGUCCUUAUGGUCAAUGGUUAGUGACAAAUUUGAGAUCUGAUAUACUGAAGAAGUUUGAACCAGUUCUUGGAGAACAAUCAAGUGUGAUUGGGGAAUAUAUAUUUCAAUGUAAUUCUCAACGUGCAACGGGCGAAAGUGCUUUUACUUCAUUAGUUACUGGUUUUGGUUGGGCUAAGAACCCAAUGAUUAAGCGUAUACAUAAUUUAGAUAAAAGAGUGCCCAUUACAUUUAUUUAUGGACAAAACACUUGGAUGGAUCAAAGUAUUGGACAGAAAAUUAAAUUAGAAAGAGAAAAUAAUUUUGUUCGUGUUGAGACUAUACCCAAUGCAGGUCAUCAUGUUUUUGCUGACCAAUUUGAAGUAUUUAAUAAUCUAGUUGAUAAAAUAUGCAAAGAAAAUGUGAUUGAAAUUGAAGAAUAGUGAAACCAAGUUACAACACAAUUGAGAUAUAUGAUUUGUAUUUAUAUUAUACGUUACAUUACUUAUUUACAUUAACAUAAAAUAUUA